AUGAAAGGAAAUCAAGAAAAAAAUAAAUCCUUCAACUCGAAAAAAAGAAGCAAGAAACCUAAAAAGAGCAGACCAUGGGAAGAUGAUAUGAGGGAGGAAGAAAGGUAUAAUAUUGAUAAAUUGCUUGAUAAGAGGUACAAUUCUGAAAAAGGCUAAUUCUUUUAUUAAGUAUUGUGGUCCGGCUACGGUAAGAAAAGAACCACUUGGGAACCAGAAAACAUUUUACUUGAGGAUGUACCUGACUUAAUUGGAUCAUUUAAUGAUGACCUAGAAGAGAUUGAGAGCAAUUAGAGGUUAGAGAGUGCUGAUAAUUUAAAAGAAAAAAUGCAGCAAAAGAAUAAAGGUGGCUAAAAAUAAAAACUCAAAUAGAAUGACAAAAACUCACCAACCUAAAAAUAAGCUCUAGUAGUAAUCCCUCCAAAGUUUAAAAUAAAGCAAGAAAAAUCAUAAUAUUAAUUAAAGUAAGAAAAACAAGGAACUCAAGUAAUCAGUCAUAAAGCAGUUUAAAAGAAGGAGAAACAGAGAGAAAAAGUAUCAACACCAUAAAAUAAAUCCGAAUAGCUAUUAGAAGUUGGAGUGAGGACUAGAGCUUAAUACUAAUUCUCUAAAAAACAAGAAUCUAAGAAAGUUAUAAUAGCAGACGAAGGUUAACAACCAAAAGUUUAGCAGACUUUAAAUCAAGAUUUAUCUUAAUAAUAGAUUUAACCAGUUAGCAUGGAUAAAAAAGGAAACCUUUAAAUAUUACAAGACAUUCAUCUAAAAUAGAGCUCAAUCAAAAGCCGUUUAAUUGGAAUUGGAAAAGAUGACUGUAAUCCAUCUCUAAUUUCUGUUUUACUUAACGAAUCAUAGUAAAAGUUAAUUGAUUUGAGAUACUUAAAUCAAGUACCUGCUCCAUCCGUUUAUACCUAAAUAUCUCAACAAGCUAUUCCAUAGAUAGAUCUUGAAGAGAUCUCAAACAGUUCAAACUAAUAGCGCCAAGAUUAUUAUCCUGAAGACCAUAUUAAUGAAACUUAAUCUUCUCAGUUAUUUGGUCCUUAAUAGCAAUUUAGUCUACAAUAUGCUGCUAAUGAGCCUGAGAGUACUGGCAUGUAAAAAAUCGAUAUUUAAGACUAUUCUGUUUUGGAUUUAAUCUGGUCGAGCUUAGUGGCACUUCUAAGAUCCAAGAAUGGUAUCAUAAGUAGAACAAGACAUUUAUGGUUAAGCAUUACCUCCCAUAAUUAUAGAUACCUUUAUGAAACAGCCAGCGAGCAAUAUCUUUAAUCAAUAUAAGCCCUCGAAAAGUAAAUAGUAAGCAGAUGGGAAAAUCAACCUAGUCAGAACACAUAAAAAUAAAAAUCCAGAGAGAUAUUUGAAAUUGAAUGGUUUCAAAAAAUUACUGACGAGAAUGGGCAAUCUCAAAUUAGUACUUUUAUAAUGGAGAAAAGUGCUUCUUAUUUAAAAAGAAAUCAUCCUUAAUUCUAUAUAAAUUGGCUUGAAGAACAACUAGAAGCUAGUAAAUAGAAGGAGAAAGAUAGGUAAAGGUGA